UGGCACAGGCCAGAAGGAGCAUCCCUGUUCUGUCCCUCGCCUGGCCAAGCAGUCACGUCACGGGCGCCAGGUCCCUGCGUGUCCCUGGGGCCAGGCUCUCUGGAGAGGCAGGUGUUCAUCCAGCAGCGUGAGGCCCGGCUGCUGGUGUGGACGCCUCCCGGAGUCCCCUCCCCCUCCAGCGCCUGUGCAGCCACCGUGGAAAACGGGAGCGGGCCGGGCAGCCCCAGCGCCGUGUCCCUGGUUCCCAGUGAUGCCGUCCCCAGCCCUGAGUACAAGAUGGUCUCGGUCUUCCUGGUGUUCCUUGUGUGCGUGGUGGGCAUUGUGGGCAACGCCAUGGUGGUGCUGACCACACGGGACAUGCACAUGCCCACCAAUGGCUACCUGGUCAGCCUGGCCCUGGCAGACCUUACUGUGCUGGUGGCUGCCGGGCUGCCCACCGUCUCCAAAAGCUUGGCUGGGCAGUGGGUCUGCGGCCACGCCGGCUGCCUGGGCAUCACCUGCUUGCGGUACCUGGGCAUCCGUGCCUCCAACUCCUCCGUCCCGGCGUUCGCCGCGGAGAGGGAGGUACACCCCAACCCCUCCUGCAGGCCCGGACUUCCUGGCCACGAGCCUUGGAGCCACGUCCCUUGGUCACUUGGUGUGCCGGGUGCCGGGGCUUCCCGCCCCUGCCCUCCUGCCCUGCAGGUCACCCCGAUGCUGGUGGUAGUCGUGCCACUCUUUGCCGUCCUGUGGAUGCCCUACCGCACACUGGUGCUCCUCUACUCCUUUGUGGCCCGGCCUUUCCUGGACCCCUGGGGGCUCCUCUUCUGCCGCACCUGUGUCUACACCAACAGCGCCAUCAACCCCAACAUCUACAGCCUCACGUCCCCGAAGUUCCCUGCCUUCCAGCGGCUGUGCGGGGGCGGGAUGGAGGAGCCACAGAGGCGCACGGCUGGCCUCAGCUCCACCAGCUACGGCGUGGACCCCAGAAGACGCAGACCCGCGGGAGUGAGGUCACGGGCCCUCAGGCAGCUGGGCCGCCACUCCAGCAGGAGGGGCCUGGUUUCAGCACCGUCUGAGGGCUGCCCUCCCCCUGCCCAGCCCCUCUCGCCUCCCUCGGUUUGCUCCUGUGCUGGGUCCUGUCCGCUGGUGGCUGGCAGGGCCAGGAGAGGGGAGACACUCCUUUGCCAACGGCUCUUCUGGGUCCCCGGUGCCUUCCCUCCCCAUGAACGAGGACUGGUCACGUGUCCUAGUUCUGGCCCGGUGGCUGGACUCCAUUUGGGUAGCUCCUUCCCCUCUUCUGGAAGUGGGGAGGGGGGUAGGAGCAGGAAGAAGCUGGGAGGGUGCCAGCCUUCACUGGUGUAAAGUUAGGACCUUCCAUCUGUUAUUAUUCAUUCGUUUAAGAGUGCUCUGUUUUCCACCUGAUGGGUAUUACAGCAAUGCAUUUCCAGUCUCUCAUGAUAGCCUGUGUCAGUCUGGCUGUGGGCAGAGCCCGUGUUGCAACGUUUUCCAAGCGGGAUGGUGACACCUGGUGCCACACAGAAAGGGUACCCAGCUCCACCGCUGACACCCAGAGACACUGCUGACAGGCUCACCACUCACAUGUGCUGAGGCUGGCCGGUACCCGGGCCUCCGGCCUCCUCCCCUUUAAGCUCUGUCCCUGGACCACAAGCCCUGAGUGGUGCUGCCUUGGGUCACAAACAGAGCAGAGCGCUGUGUUUCUUCGGGCCCCUGAGCCAGAACCAGGAAGCCUUCCUGAACCCCCUCGCCCGAAGUGUUCAAGCUCUGCUCUCGUGGGGCCCGCUUUGCUGACCACCGCCCUCUACACCCAGCACCGGAGGGGCACGGCCAGGCCCCAGGCUUCUUCCUCUCGGACUCCAUCUCUUUUGUGGGUGGAACGCCGCAGCCAAAGGCAUUGACAAUUCAGGCGUCAGGUGGCAGAAGCAGCCCUCCGCGGGGGAGCCAGAUGUGUUUCUGGGCCAGCUGGGGCGUCGGACCGUUGCGGGGCCCGGUUCUCAGCACCUCAGACCUCAGUUUCUUCCCGCCACUUCCCUGGCGAGACUCUGUAUGGAAAGUGCUUUCAAAGUCGCGGGAGGGGACACAGAUCAGCGGUUGUCACCUCUCCUCUGACUCCAAGCGCCAGCGGAGGCUGGGCCGAGGGCCACAUGCGAGCGGCCAGGACCUGGGACCCCAGAGCUAGCCCUCAGGUCAAGGACCCGGCGGGCGGCCUGCUAUGCGUUGAGCCGUCCGGGCCCCGGGGGGAGGACGCGGCCUAUUUACAGGGGCCGGAUGGUGUCGGCCAAGCGGUACGAACUGAUGCCCGGCCUUCCAUUGGUGCUUGCGGCUGUCCAUCCUGCUGAUCCACCAAUGAGGGGAGAGCGUGGGUGUGAGUGGGUGUGACCGUGGUCACGUGACAUCCGCAGACGGUGGGCCCCGCUGGCCCCUUGCCUGCCGCCUGUCCACGCCGGAUCCUCCCCCUGGUGGUCCUUACUGACGGUCAGGGGCUCCAGGCCAGCCCGCUACAAGCAGCCCUUCUAACGCAGCAAUGACCCUGUCAAGGGGGACCUCCAGUUCUCCCGGUUUUACUGGUGAGGAAACAGGCCAGGAGACCUUCAGGCCGUCACCUGUCCCCUGUGGGUGAGCCGCUGAACUCCUGACCACAAAGCUCGUUAGGCCAAAGGUACAGGACCCUGACCCCAUCCCCAUUCUCUCCGAAAUUAUUUUCCUCUUGGGCCCCGGUGAUGCUCAUUAAAGCAGAUUUUCCGCGGACACUUGUUUGGGAGGACGUCUGUGUGUCCAGAGGUCACCCAAAUGUGACUUCCAGGAUGGAAGGAGGUGGGAAUGGGGAAUUACUUCGGUCAGGGAGGAAGGGCGUCCUGAAAGCUGGGGCCGUGGUGGGGCUCUGUCCCCAGAGAGAGCCAAGGGACAGAUGGGGGACGAUGAGAAGAUGGGGCCUCACUGGACGGAGGACGCCCUCACCUUGACCUUGUGGCUGAGCUCAAGGGAUGGAGGCUGCCUGGGCGUGAGCAUCUCCUGUGGCCAC